CUUUCAGACAGACUGUUUUUGCUGCAGUGAACGGCAGCCGUGGAGAGAGAGCGAGCGAGAGACAAGCGAUACAAACACAGAGUGAGGGAGAGAGAGAGAGCACGGGAGGAAAAAGCAAGAAAAACAAAGAGUCAGGAGAAGGAACAAGGAGAUAAAAAAAAGUCGAUAAAAACAGAUUGAGAGAAGGCUCCGGACGAGCGACUGCUGCGCAUCAAAGGAGUGACCGUACUGGGGACCUUAUUGGAGACCAGCGCCAACAAAACCCGACUCCGGAGGCGGAAUAUAACGGUGACACUCCAGAGCUCCUCUGCCCUCCUGAGGAUUCAGUGAGACAGGCGGAUCUGUGCGCCCGACCAUGGCCUUCCCAUCAGCCCCCUCCGCAUUAUGGAGUGUCAGCUUAUUGACAGUACUAUUCGCAGCUGCGGUUCACAGCAACAUUAUCUACGACGACGACCCCUUGCAGCCAGUGACCUCUGAUGAGAUGGUGUCUGUGGGGGGCACGGUGACACUGACCUGCCGGGUGCCCGAGAGUGAUAACUCCUCACUGCAAUGGUCCAACACCGCACAACAGACCCUGUACUUUGGAGAGAAGAGAGCGUUGAGAGAUAACCGCAUCCAGCUGCACCGCUCGACACCCACCGAGCUUUCCAUAACCAUCGCUGACGUGCAGCUGUCCGACGAGGGCGAGUACACCUGCUCCAUCUUCACCAUGCCGGUCCGCACCGCCCGAGCCACAGUCACUGUGCUAGGUGUGCCCGGUAAACCUCAGAUCUUGGGCUUUGAGAAUCCAGUGCCGGAGGGGGGCAAAGUCACCCUGACCUGCACCAGUGCAGGCAGCAAACCCCCUGCCAGGCUGCGCUGGUUCCGAGACGACCAGGAGCUGGAAGGACGUCCAGACGUGGUGGAGUCCAUUCCAGACAAUCCCACAUACAACGUGAGCAGCGAGCUCACCCUGGAUGUGAGCCGCGAUGACGACAACGCCCUCAUCACCUGCGCUGUCGACCAUCCCUCUCUCGCCCCGGGGGACAAGAGGAACGUGUACACUCUGCGGGUGUUGUAUUCUCCUAAUGUAGAGAUCGUGCCUGAGAGCGAUCUGCCUAGAGAGGGGGAGAAGUUUUAUCUUCAGUGUAAGGGCAACGGCAACCCUGAGCCCACCUCCUACACGUGGGAGAAGAAGGAUGGAGAGCUCCCCCCUCUGGCCAAAGCCGACGGUGCUUUCUUGCGUUUCGAGAUGCUCAACAAAUCAGAUAAUGGCGUCUACCUCUGCCAUGCCGACAACGGCAUAGGAAACAGCCAGGGGGAAUACAAACUCCUGGUGCAAGACAUCCAACAAUCCAUCUACCCAUUCACUUCAGAAGAUGCUGCAGGCAACAUUACAGGUAUAACUUUUCCACCAGUCAUCUGUCGUUCUGACUCUCUGUCGUUCUAACUUUUCGUCCACCUGCCUGUCUGUCUGUCCAUCUGUAGGUCUGACUGUCUGUAACUCUGUCUGUUUUCGUCUGUCUGUCACUCUGGGAAAAAAAAAACCUAGGGGACACUUUGAACUUCAGAGUGGAGGGAUGAAUAUUUCAUACUCCUGCCCACGUAAUGCUUUGUUGUUGCCAAUACAUGCACAGACACAGGCUCAAAACACAUUCACACCAGCACUGCACACACCAGGCACUCACAUCUAUCUCACAAAACACACACACACACACAAGCA